CGAAGGUCGGUGUAAAUGCCGAGCCUGUGUAGCCUCAAUGCGCCUCAAUUAGGGUCAACGACGCGUUAACUUGGAGGCUCGAAGAUUUUCAUUUUCGGCCGUCAUGCUUUUUUUUCUAACCGUCCCCUCGGGCAGUUCGCGCUAAACGGUCACCAUGAGUUGGACUUGCGCUUUCCUCGUGUGGAUAUCCUUCGUGCACUUAAUUUGCUCAGGAAGAGCCAUACUGGUUCCUUCAAAACUUGACGCGGCUACAAAUGCGACUCAGAGGUUGUUGAACCGAAAAAGUCCUCCAGAUCUGGGAGCUAGCGGUUCCUUCAAUGUUUUCCGGGGGCUCUAUCCUCCCGUGGGCCAUUCACACCCGGAUCAUGACUACUCCUUCCCGCAACCUCACCCCCACCCACCGGCCCCCACACAGCCCCCAUCUCCCUGUGGCUGCGGACUGGGCUCACAGCCCACUUACGUGGUUUUGCCAAUUUCAAACCAGCUAUCUAGUCAACCGAAAGUCAAACACACCAUCAAAACAGUCAUCACUGAUGUGAAAGAGGUGACCACCUCACUUAACGACGGAUCCUAUGCUCGAAGCCUUAACUUGAGUUUGAACGGAGGGCUCAAGUCCACCAACAAGGAGCAAGAGGUCCAAGUCGUUCUGCCGACACCCACCGAGGUGUACACCUCCGACGACGGGAUAGACCUGCCGAUCUUCAGGGACCUGAGCGGUCUCGGCCUGGAUCCGAUCGAGCUGGAGGAGAACUUCAUCCCCGGAGGCCAGGACAAAGCCCUCCUGUUCCGGCCCUACGGAGUCUUCAAGCCGGCCGCAGCGGCCACGCUAUCGGCACCGCUGAGGGUGACUGCACCCCCAUCCGGUGUUCAACGACAUUUGAAUUUCCCGCCUUUCAAUCUGGCGUAUCUCCGCCCGCGUCCCGGGGCCCCGAAGGAGGAUCUCCAGCAGUGGCGACCGUCGGUGGAGCAGCCCUUCGUCGUCCACGCGCGGCCGGCCAACGCCGUCGUCGUGGGGGCCCAGAAAUCCGCGGGCCCUUGCGCCGAUGAGCCGGAGAGUGAAGGGAAAGAGCCCAAAAUAGACUCGAAAGGCGAUUCAAGAAGAUGAGGCUUCUGUGAAAGAGAGCCUAGCAAAGACAGGGAGAAAAUCAGAGGCGGUUCCAGCAAUUUGGCAACAGCAGAUUUCCUCCAUUUAAACCCACGAUAAAUAAUCGAUUAUUGUCGCAGCUCCUGUCCCCUCCAAGAAUCGAGGCCCUUGGUCGGCCCUUUAUUGCCCUUUUGUCUUCUUUGUCAAAAGCUUUCUCUACCAAUUUCAAUAAUCGGCCCUCAGGUGUAAAAUGUAAAUCGUGGAUAAUGGACCAGAACACAAAAUUGGGUUUUGAUGAUUUAAGCUUAUAUAUUAGCAAAAGAUAGUAGAAUCUGUCAAAGCGCCAAGUAUUUAGUCCAAUAUUAACGGAGAUAUUGCUCAUUGAAGAAUA